CAUUUAUAAUAGAUACACAUAUAAUUUGCCAUCGGAAGAAUGACAAAAAGACAGAGGGAAGACAGAUUUGACAAUGAAGUCAGAUACUUUUUAAACCCGGAAUCGGUGAGUGUACAUCUGUUUUGUUCAAUUUGCCAAGAUGUUUUCCAGGACCCCCAACGGGCUCCUUGUGGCCAUAGUUUCUGUAGAAAGUGCAUAUUACCAUGGCUACGACAGAGUCAAUCUUGUCCUGAGGACAGGAAGCCUGUCAAAGAGAAACAAUUGCAUCAUGACUUUAUUUUGGAAAACAUCAUAGGAGAUCAAAUGGUGGCGUGUCCAUACCGGAAGUCAGGGUGUGACUAUGUAGGACAGCUGCAGUUACUGGCAUCUCACAAGAAAACUUGUAACUUUAACCCCAUCAAUCUUCCUGAUUUUCUCAAGGCCACUGACAGCGUUUGUGGUAAUGACGAAUUGAGUGUUGAUGAGGAGUCGUCUAUUCCAACCCCCGGUAAACCCUCCCUCAAAAUGAGACUGUUUCAAGCUGGUGACAGCAGGAAAGAAUUGCUCAUGUCCAUGUUUGAUAAGAAGAAAAGCAGCAGUAUAUCGUGACGGCAGUCAUUCAGACUGGACUGACAGAUUCUCAUAUCAAUCGGUGGUAAAGAAAACUUGUGUUUUUCCACUGACAGUUUGUUUAGCAGCGGCAGGGCAAUCACUGCACGUUUAGGGGGUAAAUUCU